CCAACCUUCAACCUUCAACCCUCGACAGCCCGCGACGAAGAGCUCGCGUCAAAUCUCCAGGGCAGGCCGACGGAGAACGAUAGUAUACGCCAAUUGAGCCCUUGACUGCGCCAUGGACCCCCCCGAGCCGUUUCCUCUCGCGGCUUGGCGCUGGAGCGGCGACUAUGCCGCCACCCACUUCAACAUGUCCCAGGAGGUGUUCGCCGCUGCAGCUACCGCCGUAGCUCUGGCCUUUUCCUUCGUCCUCAUCCGCAUCGCGUCCGCAUCCAACCAAACUCCCCGCCGAUACACUGUCCCCGCGCCCAAGAUGCCCGAACCCGCGACGACGGUCGAGUCCCUCUCGAUCAAGAUCCCCGGCAGCUCGGCCGUGCAGUGCUAUGCCCCCGCGACUGGCCAGUUCCUCGGCCUCGUGAACCCGUCGACGCCCGCCGCAAUUGACCGCGCUGUCGACGCCGCCGCGACGGCCCAGAAGGUAUGGGCUGAGACGACGUUUGCCCAGCGCAAGGCGGUCCUGCGCUCGCUGAUGCAGUAUGUGCUCGACAAUGCCGAGCAGAUCUGCCGGAUCGCCGGCCUCGAUAGUGGAAAGACUAUGGUGGACGCCCAACUUGGCGAGAUUCUCGUUACCGUUGAGAAGAUCCAGUGGACGCUGGCCCACGGCGAGAAGGCCCUCAAGCCAUCACGCCGCCCGUCCAACCUGCUCAUGAUGUACAAGCGCAACACGGUGCACUAUGAACCGCUUGGAGUCGUGGCUGCCCUCGUCAGCUGGAACUACCCCUUCCACAACAUGAUGGGCCCCAUCAUCAGCGCCCUCUUCUCCGGUAACGGUAUCCUGGUCAAGGUCUCGGAGCAGACGGCCUGGUCUAGCGCCUACUUCGCCAGCAUCGCUCGCGGUGCCCUUGUCGCCCACGGCUUCGACCCCCAGCUCGUCCAGACCAUUGUCUGCUGGCCCCAGACGGCCAACCACUUGACUUGCCACCCAGGGAUCAGCCAUAUCACCUUCAUCGGCUCCCAGUCCGUCGCCCAUCAUGUUGCUGCCAGCGCCGCCAAGAGCCUAACGCCCGUCGUCGCCGAGCUCGGCGGCAAGGACCCCUUCGUCAUCCUCGACUCUGCUGCUCAUGACCUGAAGCGCAUUUCCGAGAUCAUCCUUCGUGGCACCUUCCAGGCUGCCGGCCAGAACUGCAUCGGUAUUGAACGCGUCAUUGCCGCACCCGCUGCCCACGACAAGCUUGUCCAAAUCCUUGAGCCUCGCGUCAAGGCCCUUCGUCUUGGUCCCCAGGCCGAUGUCGGCGCCAUGAUCUCCGAUGCCUCCUUCGAUCGUCUUGAAAAGCUCAUUGCCGAUGCUGUCUCCGACGGCGCCCGUCUCCUUGCUGGCGGCAAACGAUACAACCACCCCGAUUACCCCCAGGGCCAUUACUUCCAGCCCACGCUUAUCGUCGACGUCACCCCGGACAUGGGAAUUGCCCAACACGAGUGCUUUGCCCCUGUUCUCACCAUCCUCCGCGCCAAGUCCUCAUCCCCCGCCGAGAUCCUGUCCAUCGCCAACGCUCCAAACUUCGGCCUCGGCGCCUCCGUCCACGGCUCCGAGCGAGACCCCAAUCUCCAGCCCAUCGUCCGCGGCCUUCGCGCCGGUAUGGUCGCCGUCAAUGAUUUUGCCGCCUACUACGCCGUUCAGCUGCCCUUCGGCGGCGCCGGUGGCUCCGGUUACGGUCGUUUCGCCGGUGAGGAGGGCCUCCGUGGUCUCUGCAACACAAAAGCUGUCUGCGAGGACCGCUUUGGCUGGCUUGGCAUUCGCACGGCCAUCCCGCCCCCCGUCCAGUACCCCGUCGCCAGCCAAGACUCUAGCUGGGCCUUUACCCAGGGCGUUGUUGAGGUCGGCUACGGCGCGCCUGGCCGCAAGCUUCAGGGUCUAUCCAAAAUGUUCAAGAACAUGUAGACUGCACAAUGUCUCUUGUUGAAGAAAUGAGACAACACAGAACAAAAACUGCCAGGCUGACUGUACGCACUUAUCCAGCAUAGUCAUCAAGUUUUGGGUACGGGGAUUUAAUACCACCCCGGUUAGCAUGGUGCGUCUCGGCUGGUGGAGGGAUAUAUACCCCUUCAAAUUAAUAGUACAAUACCUACCCCCGCGAGAGCUAGAUGGGUGAAUAAAAAUGAACAAAAAUAAGUCCAGUCCCCAGAAUCGUAGUUUGAGACCUCACUCAUCCCGUUGAAUCAUCC